AUGGAAAUAUUACUCAACGUAAUGGAACGAAACAACAUUUAUUAUUGUGAAUCCCUCGAUUCAUCAUCGCCACUACAGUCCUACACAUUUCCGUCGGAUGCAUUUGAUAGUUCAGAUUGUCCACGUCGUAUUAAUGUACUAAACAAUAUAAUGCAUGGCGAUGUGGUUUGUACGGUAACUGUCGGAUUAGAAUCAACAUAUCUACACAGGUGGAAACGGAUGUGUAAAAAUAUGGGAUCUGAAACAAAAUAUUGGCCAUCAUGCAAGUGCAAACGGAGAUGUUCACCGUUCACCAUGAAUAACCCAUUUAGUCACUAUGAUUGUUUGGAGCGAGAUGCUUACAUACGUUGUAUUAAACUACUACCGGAUGGUCGAACAUUGAUUGUUGGUGGCAAAGAUUCUUCUGUAUGUAUUUGGGAUCUAAACAUCAGUUCAUCAAUAAGAUCUAAUGGAUCAGCAAUAGAUCGUGGUGGUAGUUAUUCAAAUUCAUCACCAAUGUUGUUUGAGAGCAAAGUAUGUUUAUCGGUAGCAAGCUGCGAUGUAUCACAAGAUGGCAACUAUAUUGUGACCGGUUCCGGUGAUAAGAAAGCGACUUUGUAUGAACGACCUCAGCAGGAGAUACGAUCUUUUUCACUGACAAACUGUCAGUUUUCAUUCGAAGAAUCUCACUCCUUCCCAUACGUAUCGCUUAUCAUUCCUUUUUAUUACUCAGUUUUCGACAUGCGUGUCGUCGCUCUAAUCAGUGGUGGUAAAGAUAGUACCUAUAAUAUGAUUGAAUGUGUUCGACAUGGUCAUGAAAUCAUUGCUCUCGCUAACCUUCAUCCAAAAGAAGAUAUCGAUGAACUCGAUAGUUAUAUGUAUCAAAGUGUCGGACAUGAGAUUAUCGAUUUAAUUGCCAAAGCAAUGAACUUGCCACUCUAUCGAGCCGAAAUCAAAGGUGACGCUCAAACAACAGAUAAAGAAUACCAUCAACCCGUGACGGGUGACGAAGAUAAACAUGCAGUGGAAGCUGUGUCUGUCGGUGCAAUCUUUUCGGAAUAUCAAAAUAAUCGUGUUGCUAAUGUUUGUCAACGAUUGAAUCUACAAGUGCUAGCAUAUUUAUGGCAACGUAAUCAACAUGAAUUACUCAAUGAAAUGAUCAAUGCAAAUGUUCAAGCUAUUCUAAUAAAAACAGCUGCUUUGGGUUUACAUCCUAGAAAGCAUCUGGGAAAAACUAUUGCUGAAAUGCGUCCCAUCUUAGAAGAAUUAGCAGAAAAAUAUGGUAUCAAUGUGUGCGGCGAAGGAGGAGAAUUUGAAACAUUAACAUUAGACUGUUCGCUAUUCAAACAGCGAAUUGUUCUUGAUCAAGUGAAGACAAUCUGCACAUCUCGAACCAAAAUAAACCUCAUCUAUGUGAAUCUACUAAUGACAAUUCAUAACACCGUCUCGGCAUUUUCUCGUGUGUGCAUGAUUACCGUUGUGAAAUAA